AUGGGUGUAAUACGCAAGAAGACCGCCUCGCGCGGCACCGAGGCUGGCACUAAGUUCCACUGUGACGUGUGCUCUGUUGAUGUGACUUCGACUGUCCGCAUCUCCUGCGCCCACCCUAGCUGCCAUGAAUACGACCUCUGCGUCCCCUGCUUUGCCGCCGGGGAGAAAUCAAAAAACCACGAUCCAUCAUCUCACCCCUUUCAAGUCAUCGAACAAAACUCAGUCCCUAUCUUCCAGGGAGAAUGGGGAGCUGAUGAAGAGCUGCUCUUGCUCGAGGGCGCCGAGAUCUACGGACUGGGCUCCUGGGCCGAUAUCGCCGACCAUAUUGGUGGCUAUCGCAGCAAGGAUGAGGUUCGCGACCAUUACAUUGAUACCUACAUAGACAGCUCAAAUUUCCCACUUCCCGACCGUGCCGACCCCGACGAUCACAGUCUCCAACAAGCUAUACCCAAAGAUGAAUUCCAGUCACAUAAGAAACGGCGCAUUGAGGAACGCAAGGAAGCGGCAAAGGCAGCGCCGCCUACAACACCGAAGCAAAAGCCAACCGCCAGUGUACCGGCAUGCCACGAAGUGCAGGGUUACAUGCCUGGUCGAUUGGAGUUUGAAACGGAGUUCCUUAACGAUGCGGAGGAGGCGGUUCAGCAUAUGGCGUUUGAGCCCGGGGCGGGUAUUAGUGCCAAUGGAGAGGUAGACGCCGAAACCGAGCUGAAGAUGACGGUCGUCGAUAUUUACAAUUCGCGACUCACAGCGCGUACAGAGCGUAAGAAAGUGCUCUUUGAGCAUAAUCUCCUGGAGUACCGGAAGAACACCGCAUUAGAGAAGAAGCGCUCGAAGGAAGAGCGAGAUCUCCUUAACAAAGCGAAGCCUCUAGCUCGGAUGAUGAACGAGAAGGACUUCGAGGAGCUUAACAAAGGACUAGAGUAUGAACACAAUCUGCGGCUAGCAAUUGGGCAGCUUCAAGAGUGGCGGCAGAUGGGCAUCGGAGAUCUGAAGACAGGCGAGAAGUACGAGCAGGAUAAGCAGCAACGUGCUCAGCGAAUGAUACCUCAGGGCUCCUUCGAUCGCUUUGCUAGUGCACGCCCGAAGCAAAACCAGAUCUCGGAGACGCCAUCUGCGGCUCUUCAGCUCAUAACCCCCGAACUUCCACUUCGUCUUCAAACUGCUGCAAGCCCACACAAGCAGCCAGACUCUGACAAUGAGCCCAUGAAUGACUUUGAUCGUCUCUUCGCGAUCAAUGGCGAUGCCGCACCACCAACCCCCGCGAAGACGAAAUACAUCAUACAACCACUCAGUGGAGUCUCACCCUGGAAGCUGGAUAGCGAAGGGGCGGCAGAUCUCCAUCUCCUCACAACGGAAGAAACUGAAAUCUGUAACGUGCUGCGCCUGAUGCCAAAGCCAUACUUGGUCAUCAAAGAGACUCUAUUGAAGGAGGCUAUGAAGCAAGGUGGAAAUCUGAAAAAGAAGGAUGCUCGGACGAUUUGCAAGAUCGAGGGCACCAAAACCAGCCGAAUCUACGAUUUCAUGGUACAUAGCGGAUGGAUCAACAAGAGCUAG